AUGACCACCAUCGGGCACCCUGCUUAUGCCGCGGUUGAUAUGGAAGCCGUUGGGCACCGCGCGAUGGAGUUGCCAGAAGACGGCGUGCCUCCGGCCGUCCUUUCAGUUAUCAAGGUCCAAUCCGACGAUGCUUCGCACGACAAGCUGCAGCCCCAGAAGGCAGCAACGCCCACAGACGGGAGGCAUGCUAGUGACAGCGCUGCUGGGGAGGCAUUUGCCACCCAACGCCCAAAAGGCAUCGCGGCCGAAGGCCUUGCUGACCAAGACCCAAACCAGACCAUGGUCGCAGAGCUGCAGCGGAUCAAAGAUGACCUGAUGCCGCCCCAAGAACGCCAUCAUCAGACACUCGAAGUGAGGACCGGCAACGUCCUCGUUGAUCAAUUCAACGGCCUGUAUAUGCCGCUGGCGUUCCCUUUCUUGUUUCCGUAUGGCACCGGCCGCCCGGACGUCGUCAAUCACACCUCCGACCCUGGCAGCCAACCUGCUCAAGCAAGAAGGCGCAAAGAUGACGCCCCAGAAGUUUCAAUUGACGUGUGGGCAGCAGCAAUGCAGCGACGGGUGGAGACACAAUUUCGGCGAGAUUGGGUCUUUAUCUUCGUGAUAUGGAACUAUUUGUUCCGGACCAUGGUGAACUUGAUGAAGAACACGUGCGCGUACACCGUUAUGGGCAAGGACGGGAAAGGCAAGCAAAUGCUCACGCCGGGUGAAAUUGCAGAGGCCGCUGCCAGUUUGUUAGCAAAGCUCCGCGGCACAUACACCGAUCGAGGCGGCAAGAAGAAAGCCGUGGGCGGCGAUCUGUCAAAGCUGCGCCACGCCGCCCUGUCAGAAGCGGAGCAGAAGGUAUUGGCCAACGUCGAGGCGCGGACCCGACAAAUACCAGGCACCCAUGAAAUCCGCAAGACCAUGCGGCACCAGACGCAUGCCAACCGGGUCUGUUACGGCACGUCCAUUUUCGUGACCUUCUCGCCCUCCGAGCGGGACAGUCAACUGAUGGUGCGACUGGCCCGGGCACGGCAAUCAGACCCUGCUAUGCAGCAUGACCCUGCGCCCAAGCUCCAAUCCAGAUCCCAGCCAGAUUUAGACGUGGAAUAUUUGAAUCUCGCGCCGGAAGCAUUGGCCCAAACUAUGCUGUCGUACGACGAUCGGGUGGCUUUGCUAGCUCGAGAUCCCGUUGCUUGCGCAGAGGGCUUCAAUAUCCUGGUGCUGCUGGCCCUGACUAUUUAUGAAGAUCCAGAAGCUUGGCGCAAUCACGCCAGAGCAGCCUUGGAAGAAGAGUGGCCGGAAUAUCGAAAUUCUUCUCUGAUGGUGGGCCGACCGCAAUACCAAAGCGACGUCGCCAUGGCACCUACUGAGUGGAAGCACCAGUAUUUGGUUCGCGAUGUCGAGCACUUGCAGCAACACAAGCAGCACCACGUGCACUUGCCGCACGGGCCUGAAGGUCGGCGACUGCCUUUGGCGCAUUGCCGUGACCCGAAAGACCCGACCAAAUGCAAAGCCGGUUUUCCCAAAGACAAGCAGCUGGCGUCCGAGCCUUGGCUCGUUUGCCCCGCUCGUGCUGAAGAGGCCGGCCUGCCUUCGAAGGGCAAGCGCAAUGCUGUUGGCUUGGUGCUUGGGCCGCGCAACGAUCCAGACGUCAACGGCAACCACCCGGCCCUGCUCGUAGCCUUGCGGUGCAAUGGCGACGUUCAAGUUCCUUAUCGCCUACCUUGCAUUGCUGAAACCCACGACGAGCGAUGCCCGGGCCAAUGCCACUUGAAAGCCUCGAGUAAGGAGCUCGUGCGGGCUGCGCAGCGCAACCAGGCGGCACAAGCAGGCUACGCGUGCGAUUACCAGAACAAGCGGCUGCCCAUCGCCAUCAAUGAAAUUAAGGAAUGGGGCUUGGGGCAGCGAAGUUUGGGCACGCAGCUGCACGACAAGCCUGCUGGGUACGUCGGGGCCCGGGUGGCCAAGAGAUUGAUCACGGAUUGCUACGGCAGAGGUGUCGUGCGAGGAGCCGCAGAAUGCUUCGAACUCAUUGCUCACGCCCGCGACUAUGAUCCAACUAGCGCAGAGAGCAUCAAGACCGCGCCUACCACCACCGUCUGGCUGACGUGUGGUCUGAAGCUAUUGCAAGCCAGUUUUCAAGGAGCGCCGUGGCCUCCAGAGCCGAGCCGCGCACAGAAAGACACAAGAGAAGGCAACAGGCCCAAGCUCAUUGCAUGCCCCCCAGUGACGCUGUAUGGGGGCCGGGGCCAGCAAGCCGAAGUGUGGGAGCUUUCGUUCUAUGAAUUCGUUCGGCAUUACUGGCUUCGCCUGGCGUACCAUCCGACCACGAAAGCAUCGCACAACGACAACAUCCAAGCUAGCGGCGCGGCUUGCUUUCAUGCCGAUCUCACAGAGGCAGGGGCACAGCUGCUUGUAACAAGCAAGGGGCGACCGGCCUUGAAACCGGGCGAGCACUAUGCCAUCCGUGAAACAGGCGGGGAAGAUUGGUUGCCGCUCGGAGGCGGCGAGCACGCCCAGCCCCAUCGCCACGAUUGGAUCAUCGUUCCCCGGCCCAGACCAUACGUGCCAGUGCUUCCCGGCGCGCAAUGGGCGAAGUCGUUAGACGAACAAACCAUGAUCGUAUUGUUGUUGUUUGUCCCGUGGACCAAUGAUCCAACGCAAGCCACCGAUACCGUGCCCCACAUCAGCAGCUUGCGCCGGCACUACAUGAAAGACUGGCGCCAUGCCUCGCGCGCGCGACUCAACCUACACGGUUUCCCCACCGAUGAGGUCAAGCGCUUGGUUCAAAACUUCUGUUUUGUGUAUUGUCUGCCCCGGGACUUGGCACCUGCGGAAGAGCUCAUGGAAAACAGCGAUAACGAGGUGGAAGAUGAUGAGCCACUGGCAUUAUCCUUUGAAGACAAAUUGGCCAUCCGAAGCACCCACAUCAGGGGCGGCCGGAGCGGAGAGGUUGAUGACGCCAGCGACGCCGAUCCCUUCGAGGCCAACGAAGCAGCAGAUGGAGCUACCCAACAGCAGAGAACCAAGCAGAUGUUCGAGAUCUCAAAGAACAUCUGGCUUCGGGCUGAAGGCGAAGGCGCCGUCGACCUUCGCCUGGUUCAACACCACCAAGCCUACGAAGCGAAGGUGUCGGCGCGUCCUCCAUUGACUGCAGCACAGCUCAAAGAAUGGUUGAACAGCGACGCGGUCCACGGGCACACGAAUGCUAAACAGUUUGAGUUCUUGGAGCACGUUGUGGAGCGCGUGCUGGUUGAAUACGAUCUGGUAAAGCCAGAAGAUACCCGGCGAAAGAGCAUCGAGUUACUUGCCAUGACGGAGCACCGCCUUCGCUCCGUCGUGCCCUCUGCCAACGAGUGGAAGCACAAUGCUGUCGGUACCGUGCGACCCUUCGGCGGCAUCAACGUCGUGUUCACAGGUGAUUUUCAUCAGCUUCCACCGCCCAGCGGUGGCUACCUCGGAGACGUGCCUCACAGCUUGCGGGGACGGACAGACGAAGCUGCCGAUCCGAUGGUGGAGCAUGGCCGGGAGCUCUUUUGGCUCCAAGGGGUGCAAGGGGUGACGGAACUCGAAGAGCGGCAGCGUUGCAAAGACCCUUGGUGGAACGAAUUUAACGAUGAACUUCGGGAUGGCCGCCUGUCUGUUCGGAACUGGCGAUAUGUGCACGGCAUGGGGGUGGAAGGAUGCACGCUGUCCGCUGAAGAGCGCUCUUCACGAUGCCGGGUGGUGACGAGCUGCGCAGACCCUCGCCUCCAGCUACCAAAGUUCAAGGAUGCUGUGGUCAUAGUGGCAAACAACGACGCCAGGUACCAAAUCAAUAAGGAUCGGGCAGAAGCCUAUGGCCGCGAAUCCGGGGCAGUCGUGCGCUGGGCGAUCGCGUGCGACCGUGCUUCCAGCGCGGCCUUGCAGACCAAGCCUUGCGACAAGAGAACCAAGAUGCAAUGGCUGCAGCUGCCUGACCGUAGCACGGGGGAUUUGUGCGGCGCCCUGCCUCUGGCGAUAGGCAUGCCUGUGGCCUUGACAGACCAUUGGGACCGGUCAGAAGACAAGAGCCUGCUGCGCGGCAGCCGUGGACACGUCCAUUCUUGGGUUUGGGCAGAGAAUGAUGACCAGCCUAGCGUGGUAUUUGUGAAGUUCGAGAACGCAGAUUGGCAGCUGGAGGGCACGCCAGAGCCAGGCAUCUAUCCUGUUUGGCCGGUCAAGCGGGCCUGGUAUUUGGAUGCUUCCCGGGACAAGCCGGUUCUGAAGGUCACGCGCAAGCAAGUGCCAUUGACGCCGGCGUUUGCAUUGACAGCGCACGGCAGCCAAGGCAAGACCUUGCGCGCCGCCAUGGCCGACCUCAACGUCGACAAGCGGACGGACAUCACCUUUGGCACCGUGGCCACAAGCAGGGUGCAGAGCCGGGAAGACUUCUUGAUCCUGCGGCCCUUUCCCUUGUGGCUCUACCAAAGGGGGGCACCGGAAGGACCAGCGCUCAUGCUCCAGAUCCUGCGGGGCGAAGAGGUGGAUUGGGAGCUCUACCGCGAAGCGCGUGCCCCCAUGGCUCCAUGCAAGGCCUGCGGGGUCUUGAAGCAACUGGAUUGCUUUUCUUUCCACCAAUGGGAAUGCGCGCGCUCCAACAGGCCAGCCCAAUGCAUGCUGUGCAGUAACAGUGGCAACGGGCCAGACAAGCGGAAGAGCUUCAGGAGCAAGCUUACCAAGCAGCGGUGUGCCAGCUGCUGCGUAUACAAGAUCCAAGAAGCGUUUCCAAAGGCCCAGCUUUCGCAGGAACAUGCCGAAGACAGACAGCGUUGUCUCACCUGCUGCAAGGCGUCGCAAUUCUUGUUUUGUGGGGCAUGCCGGGAGACCAAGCAAGUGGACGCCUUUGCCGCAAGUAUGGUGACCUGCCUGCAAGGGCACGCCGUCUGCACUUCCUGCCAAGAAUCAGCCCAUGCCGGCGUAAGGCGCGGCCAGCGGCUGGAUUGGUUUACCUGCAAGGGAUGCUCCCAAUUCCUGCCACGUACAGCGGCCACCCAAGCAGCGCAGGGCAAGCAGGUGCAACACUGCACAAACUGCGCCAGUGGUACACAGUGGAAGGCUGGACAGCAAACUUGCCGAAAGUGCGGCGCCAAAUGGGCCCAGGAGAUGCCAGAUAAGGACAAACGCAUCCGGAGGUGCCCAAAGUGCAGGAAAUAA